AUGGUUGAACUAGUGGUGAGAACCGUACAAGAUUUGAAGCAAGCGAGAGUGGCAGUUAUAGCAAUGAGCUGUCCAUCGGAAAUUGUCGAGCCUAUGGACAUCUACAAUACUGAAGACUUAAGGGAAGAGCUGAUGGCGUAUAACCCUGCUGGGGAAAUGAUCGCUACAUCUGAAGCGUACAGCCUCGCUAAAAAGCUACUGGAUGCAGAGACUACCAAAGAUAAGAGCGUUGUCGUGUUCUCAAAUGGUCAAACUUCAACCUGCGACAUACCCGAAACUAGAUAUGGGGAUCACAAAGCAGGAUCCUGCCCGUUUGGAGAAAGCAAGGACUGGUUGGUUCAGCGGCUCAAUGGGACACCAGCUACCACAACCGAGGCCUGGGAAACUACAAAGGAAAAGCAUGGAACGACGCCUGAAGCAGCGGAGAGAACCACUGUUUCCCAGGCAGAGACGGAACGUGCUGGAGUGCGUGAACUCUCAACGACUGCAGGAAUCUCUGAGCUUGAGGCGACAACCUCAACAGAAGGAGCAAACUUAAGCCGUUUCAACCACUUCAUAGCCGUUCACCCCAGAUGA